AUGACUCAUAUUACUGAUCCAACAUAUUCAACAUUUCUAUUUUCAUAAGAUAAAAAUGAAAUGUAUUAUUAAAAAGAUGGAUUCAUAAAUAGUGCCAUUUGUUGUAAUAUGACAUGUGGACCUAUUUUUGGAGCAGGUCAUGAUCUAUAUAUAUCAACAGAUUUUUACUGA